AUGAGCGUCCAGUUCACCAGCAAAGAUCUGUGCGGAGAUCGGCUAGGGAUGGUGACGAUGCAGCUGGUGUCGCAGCGGGUCCGGAAGCAGGUUUCCCGGUGUAUGGUCCAGCGACGUUGGCAGAUAGCCAAAACAUCACUGAUACCAGAGCCGAUGCGCCGCGCAAUGCGAGUGCUGGUCCGCACCAAGGACUGCAAGAAUACACUGGACGAGGCCCGCAACACUCUGGUCAUCACGCCUGAGUACGUGGCCCGUCUCGAGGCCGACAUGAAGGUCCGUGGCGCCGAGUUGCAUGCUGUCAAGGACAGCAACACAGCGAAUCGCCCUGUACGAAGCGGAUCGAGAGGUACUCAUCUCUCCGAGUUCGGGUCGUCGUCGUCUUCAUCUUCGUUGACAGGGUUGGCAGUAACUACAGCUCCUGUUCACCAUCCGCUACUUCCAGCAAUCCGCAUGGUGACAGUGAAGCUGCAGCCUGUGUCGCUGCAGUCCAGCUGCUCGGAGCUGAUCAUGGUGCAGAUCUUACUCCGAUACAUCGCAUGUCAUGGCUCACGCUACGAAGUGUUAGACUUACUGCAGUUUGGUACACCGGAUGCAGUCGUGUGGCACUCGUCAUCAGGAAGCUUCUUCCAUCGACCUCCGUCCACGAUAGCUCCGUCGACACGUAAGGUGGAGCCGUUGGGCGGAUACUCGCUGGUCCUCACAACACAGCCGCUGACACGCAAGCCUCUGGACAAGGACGCUGUACAGCUUCUGCUACUUAAGAGUACCCCUUCGGAACUAGGCGUGGGCAAUGGUGUGCUACCGGUGGAGCGGGCUCUGCAGGAAGCUCAGCUCUUCACGCGAGAGUUGUUCCGCGUUGCUGAUCAACACUACGAUCGUGAUUUGCUGUGGUCUCGCCUGCUGUUUGAUGACUCACGUGGCCCUGGUGCCGAUGUGGCUCGCGCGUUGGCGCUUCCGGCGGACUUGUUCCGUGUGGAUGUGGGCCCACAGCAGCUUGAAGAGUGUCUCAAGCUGUCUAUCUGUACGCCUUUGGAGCUGUCUAUCUGUACGCCUUUGGAGGUGCUGGACCCGCGACUGGACGAGUAG